GUUGGUGCGAAUAGCAUCGGCCUAUUUGAAAGAUACAAUUUUUCCACACUCGGUGCGAUAGAAAGAUUUAACAGAAACUGAAAUUAUGAAGAACAUGGCCACAAUUUGGGGAACCGAUAAUGUUGUUGCAGAUCACAGAGAUUUACAGGCGAAUACAAUGGCUGUGGACAGUUUAGGUCAAUAUGUUGUCUUAGCCGGGCGACGACAUAUGGGCAUUGUGCAUCUAGAUCAACCGAAUGUUGUUAUACACAAAACCAAUAGACAUAGCAAAUGGGAUGUGACAACAGCUGAAUGGAGUCCGCAUCAAAACGAAUGUUUUGCUUUAGCAUGUAAUCAGAGAGCUGAACUGUAUUCUUGGGGUAAAGCAGACUUCACUCAGACUACCUCUCUGAAAUCUCACACUCGUGCCAUUAGUGAUCUAAACUGGUCCAUUUUCGACAGCCAUGUUCUAGCCACAGCCUCUAUAGAUACUUUUAUUUAUCUCUGGGAUAUCAGAGACUCAAGAAAACCAUCCAUUUCUCUUUCAGCUGUUGCGGGUGCUUCUCAAGUGAAAUGGAAUAAAUUGCAAUCUCAUAUGCUUGCAACGUCACAUGAAGGAGAUAUCAGACUGUGGGAUACUAGGAAAGGAACAAGUCCUGUACAGUAUAUAACUGCUCAUUUGCUAAAAAUCCAUAAUAUUGAUUGGUGCCCGCAUGAUGAAAAUGUGCUUGCAACAUCUAGUCAAGAUUGUACAGUUAAAUUUUGGGAUGUUACUAUUCCACAGAAAAUGGAUUAUAGUUUGCAAGUUCCUUGCCCAGUUUGGCGAGCUCAAUAUACACUCUCCUGCUCUCCUGCUGGUAAGACGCAUUUCAUCCAUGCUGCUGCCGCUUACUUGCUUAAGAUGACGUCAAACUUAAAAAUGGAAGUUAUUCUAUUCAAACAUUAUUAAGAAAUAUCUUGUCUGAAAAAGAAUUAUUUGAUAUGCAUGGAAAAAAUAAAGAUUGUGAUUCUUCAAGAUAUGUUGUGCUAAAUUGCGUCAUCAUGCUUUCCACUCUGCCACCUUCAAGCCACUACGGUCUUCUCGGUCAUCUACGCGGUAUCGUAAGCUGUUGGGAGGUCCACUGCUUUAAUCUACGCAUUUGAAAUCAUUACAUAUUUAUAAAAAGUCGACAGGAUACGAAAGUCAGGACAGGAUUAACCUGGUGCAAGUUUUCCCGAAUGGAUUUCGACCUCUGCUGCCUCAAACUUCCAGUGAAUCACCAAAUUCGUUUCCGGUGUGUGAUUUAACGGCAUAUUCUAAAAGUGCUUUGAGAUCAUCGAAUAUAUUCAAGUUCAAAAUCAAAACUGUUUCGAAUCAAGGUCAGCGACGCCAACGUAGUGAAAUAUGUUAUUGAUUCUGGCUUGCUUGGGAUAUUCGUAAUGCUGUCCGAUCAUCGCGUAAAAAGAAAAACAUCCAAAGUGCUUUAAGAGCAGCAACCUCAUAAGGGAAAGAGUGUUUUGUGCACAUUUUGCGUUUUUCAGUGCUCUUAUUCAAAGAAUGGAAUAUUAUCAAAAGUUAUUAAUUUGAUAUUGAAGCGGUAUUAAGUUCCAAAAUGAGUAAAUUACGUUUAAAAAAAAAAAGAAGAAAAAACUUUGCAUUUAUAGGUUAUGAUAUUUAUAGUUUAUGAUAAACGUUGAAGGCUCUCACCUUAUGAAAAAAUUCAUUUUUUUAAUAUAAGUAUUUUGUAUUUUUUUCAUAAAAUGGAGUGUGUUUUUAAUAUUUUACAUAUGGAAAUGACAGC